AAUUACGUAAGAUCAUUUGUGUCCUUGACAUGGUUACCAGAAGAUUUCAAAGAUGGAAUAUCGCGGCGUCACGACUCUGCUUGGGUCCAUUAUGGUAAAGCACCUUGCUUUGCUCCCGGGGGGGCUCGAACCCACGACCUUUGGCUCAUAAGACCAAUGCUCUAACCAACUGAGCUACGGGGGCUGUUGUCAGAAAUUUUCAAAAGUUACUACUUAGUAUGAAAUUGCGCUUUGUGAUAUGCGUUUUGUUUUUCGCGAUACUUAAAGUUAUUGUCGGUGCGGCAAGUUUUGUUUCCGUCGUCGCAUCGAUACCUGGCUAAUGGUUGUUUUUGAGAAGUUGUUAUGAUAUCGUGAAGCGUGCUGGACUAGUCCGAUCUCGACCAGCAACGAAUUGUGUUGCAGUCCUCCAAUUUGUGAAGCACUUGAACUGCAAAACAAUACUGAUUCUCAUUGUUGGGUGGAUCGUUGGAGCCAUUUCCCUUUUGCGGUGGCAACCACUAAAAUUCAAAUGCUGCCCCAGCGGCAAAGUUUACAUCGUAAAAUUAAUGUGUUCGUUUUUUCUGUGAUAUAUUUUUGUUCAAUUUCGGAGAUGCAAAACGAAGUGGUGGGUGCGAACCUGAGGGAAUGACAGUUUGCGAUUGGUAGCUCAUGGGAUCUUCAACUUUAGGCUGGGAUUAAUAAGUUAGGGUUACGAGAAUAAUUGCGACCCUGUUCAAUAGCAUUUCAACGGAAGGGAAUUCCGGAAACAGUGAAGCAAGGGAAGCAUGGAGUUCAGUCGCAAGUCGACGAUGGGCUCCACACCAGGAACUUCACGGGGAGACUCGCCGCCCAGAAGCACGCAUGAUCAUCACGCGAGACAGAUGAGCUCGUUGAGCUACGGUGGACGACCUCCCUCGGCCCAAGGCUCUGUCCGACCCUCGACGUCUCGCAGCAUACGCAGCAUUCGCCUUGGUGGGUCGCUUGGACUGAAUUCUGACAUUACUGUGGAGAGCAGACCGUUGACACAACAAGGCUUGAUGACUUUGAAAUCGAAUGGCCAAGGACCUGGUCGACAGGUGCAGGACAAGUCUUAUUAUUUGUCCAAAUUGAGGACCCGGAAGCAGGAGCUCCAGGCGGAAAUUGAUAUCAUGAACGAUGAGAUUGAUCGACUUCAAAAACGAGAACCUGCAAAUGUUUAUCUGGAGCAGAAACAAAAUUCUCUGAACGAGGAGGUAAUCUCGUUGAAAUCACUGCUGGCGGACUACAAUGUGGUCAAGGAGAAGGUUGCAGCAGGUGUAGAACUGGAUGAGCUCAAGGAGGAGCUAAGGUCUGCCAAGGAGAAAAAUGAGGCUGUAGUGAAAAAAGUUGCUCGACUGUUCAACGAUCGUACCCGUAAAGAACAAAGCUACAAAGCAGCGGAGGAGAAAAUUCAAUUUUUAGAAGCUGAAAUUCGGAGACGAAUUGACGACGAAGCUCCUGAGAUCAAGGCACGGUAUGUUGAACUUCAAGAGGAUGCAUGCAGGGUUGCCGCAGAAGUAGAAAGGUUGGAGUUGGAAACUCAAGACAUCACCGGGUCUUCUCAUGCUUUAGAGCAGGACCUACGGCCAGCUCCACCAGCGAAGCAAAAAGCUGUCAUGCUUAUAGAGCAGUUACUGAAUGCUGAAGUCGAGUUGAACCGACUGAAGGCUGAAGAAGUUCCCAAUGUUCAGCUCUCUCCUGAGGAAGCUAGAGGAGCUAUGCUGCUUAAGAUGCGGCAAAACAAUGCAGAAAUAGCCAAGGCUGAAGAGAAGAUUAAGCAGGUGGAGGACGAGGUGAAAAACUAUGAGGAAAAGAUUGCCGAGGCUGACAAUUCACUUUCGGAGCUUAAAGGUGGAAGGGCUGAGAAGUUUCUUGAGAUGCAACGAAAAGAGAGAAAGAUGCAGGCUUUUAUAGACAGCUUUGACACAAUGAAACAUGAACACGAAGAAGCAGCUCGGCUUGUGCACCAACGCAUCGUGCAACUGCUGAGACAAACCAAUCAGGAGCGUACUAGUAUGGAGGACAUUACGAAAGGCCAUAUUCACUCCGAAAAUUCUCAACCCAGUGGUUCAGCAAUCGAUAUUGAUGACCUCCUAAUAGUGGUUGAAGAGCGCCAACAAGAAUUGGAUCAGUUGAAGGAAGACGAAGACAAGAAUCUAAAGGAGUUAGCUACUAACCGAGACAAGAUUGCAUCUCUGGAAGAAGAGAUUUCAAAAUUUGAACACCUAGAUGAAUUGAAGACCCAAUGGGACGACAAGUGCACGAAACUAGAAGCGCAGAGGAGGAUAGCAGAUGAAAAUAGAAGGCUUCUGCAAGCUCAGGUUAAAGAGAGAGAGGCAAAAAUAGAGUCUAUCCAAGUAAUUCUUAACGCAAAUAAAAUGCAUAUAAGACUCGAAGAACUGAAGCAAAAACUAUGUAGCCUCCAACAAUCGGGAAUCAGACUCCAGGAAGAGGUGGAUCUGAAGGAACGGGAGACCAACUAUAAACCGGUUCUUGAGAAUAUCCGGUUUAUGGUUGCCCAGCUAAAUACAGAAAUCAAAGCACAAAACACACGCUGAAACGAACGUCGAACUGGUACACAUUCUACUACC